AUGGGAGUCAGCAAUCCAGUCAAGUAUGUCUUGCGCCUGUCCCUGUUCACCAACAAGCGAACCGAGCAGCAGCAACAACAACAACGACAACAUCGACAACAUCACUCCCCCUCCUCUACCUGGAAAGGGAAAGAAAUCGACUUUGACCCGCCCAUCGAGGUUCGCUGGGGCGCAGUACAGUACCCAGAGGACUAUGCAGCAUUGACCGAUGGUCAUGCCCACAUGGCGGUGAGCGCAAUCGACUCGCAUCUGGGCAGCAGCAACAACAGCAGCAGUAGCAGCAGCAGUAGCCGCAGCAGAAGCAGCGGUAGCAGUAGUCGGACGGGGUUGGUGCGCAUCGCCAGCUGGGCUAGUCUGGCUGGAGAUCGAUGUCGGUGGACGAUGGAACAGGAACGGAAAUUAGCGAUUGCGAGAAGCGAACUGGCUCGAUGUCAAAAAGCUUGGAGUUCGGAGCAGGAAUUGUGGAUUGCUCAAAUUGAAAAGUUGCACGAGGAGAAAGAAGCCCACGAACAGUUCAUCCACCACCGAGCGAAACAACAGGACGAAGAGCAGCAGCAUUUUCGCAAAUCCUGGAUUCGACGGAAGUCUUACGAAGAGCAGCAACAACAACAACAGCAGCAGCAACAACAGCAGCAGAAACAGGUUGCUCCAACUACGCAGAGGACUAAUAGUCGAUUGCGGCGGAUACGGCGCAUGGGAUCAUAG